GAAAAGGAAAUUACGUGAAGACGAAUACAGUCGAGAGUCAAUGGACAUCCGAUAGCAACCAGCACAAGAGCCAGACGAAAUCAGCCGUUCACUCCCGAAAAUCUGAAGCUCCUUUUUUUGAUACAAGAGAUAUCGAUCGUGAAGAGUCAAAGGUCCGGUCAGGAGAAGCUACCCGACGAUGUUACCCACACCUAUCAAAGAUACCGAAUCCUCUUUCAUAUUCCCAGACCAGACAUGUCAACGUUUUACUCUUUCUGAGAUUCAAUCGGCAACCCAAAACUUCGACGAGGCUUUAGUCAUUGGCCGGGGAGGAUUCGGCAAGGUGUAUAAAUGUUCCAAAAUCGGGUCAAUGACCGAAGUGGCAGUCAAACGGUUGCACUCCAGGUCCGAUCAAGGAGCCAAUGAGUUUGAGUCCGAAGUCAAGGUCCUCUCUAAGCUGCGACAUGGUAAUCUCGUAUCCUUAAUUGGUUAUUGCAUUGAAGGAAUAGAGAUGAUCCUCCUUUAUGAGUUCAUGCCGAAUGGGACACUUGAAUAUCAUCUUCGCACACCUAAUUUAUCUUCAUCGUGGUUACAAAGACUCAAGAUAUGUAUAGGAGCAGCUCGGGGGUUAGACUACCUUCACACAGGUACAUCAACUCAACAUGGAGUCAUACAUCGUGACGUGAAAAGCUCCAAUAUUUUGUUGGAUGCAGACUUUGCAGCUAAAAUUUCUGAUUUCGGAUUGGCUAAAGUUGGGGUGAUAGAUCAGUCACGAACUCAUAUGAGCACAGCUGUGAAAGGGACAUUUGGGUAUAUAGAUCCGUGCUAUUUCUAUUCUGGAAAAUUGACAAUGAAAACUGAUGUUUACGCGUUUGGGGUUGUACUGUUUGAGGUGUUGUCAGGAAGAAAAGCUGUAGAUUCAACUCUUGAUGAAGAACAAUGUGGUUUAGCAGCUUGGGCUCAACACCAAAUCAAAGAAGGAAAAAUUAAUCAAAUUAUUGACCCGAGAUUAUUGGGACAAGUAUCCAAAAAAAGGUUGAAAGAGUUUGCAAGCAUAGCAGGCCUUUGUUUACACCCCCAACCGAAACACCGCCCUACCAUGGCAGAGGUUGUGGUCAAGCUCGAGUCUAUUCUUUCAAAAGAAAGAGAAAGUGCGACUUCGGUUGUUGAUGAUGAAGGAUUCAUUUUCAAGCUAAGAUCUCUUUUCGUUGGGAAAUCAGUUGAUGCUGCAAUUGGAAGCAAAUCUGAUUUCAGUGUGCAUCGUGAACCAAUAGUAGCAGAAGUUAAUGUUGUAAUUGAAAACGAUACUUAUGGAAGCUUUAGAACUUUCACAUAUGCUGAAUUGGUGAUUGCAACAAAUGGUUUCAAAGACGAAGAGCAAUCCACAGCUUUACAUGAAUCCAUUUACAAAGGUUGGGUUGAUGAAAGGACGUAUGCUCCAACAAAAAAAGGUGUUGGUUUAGCGAUGUAUGUUAGGAAGAUGGAGAUUCCAACACAAAAGCCGGACAUCAAAUUAGAAGAUUUCAAUCAUCCAAACCUUGUAAAACGCUUGGGAUAUUGCUUGAAUAAGCACGAACUAUUUUGUGUUUACAAGGACAUUUCUGGCAUAACUUUGGAUAAAUAUCUUUACGGAGAGUCAGGUAGAAUUUCACUUUCUUAUGUUGCACGAUUAAAAAUAGCAAUAGGAGCAGCUGAAGGCUUGGUUUAUUUACAUAGGAGAAACCAGCCAGCAUAUAACCCAUUUAAGACCGAUCUUAUAUUGGUGGAUACGGAUUUUAAUGCUCGGCUUUUGGAUUUUGCUUUUGAUCGUCAAAUGUUCCAAAUGGAUACAUAUUAUUAUGCAGCCCCUGAGUGGUUUGGUUAUCAAGAAGAUGGCUUGACAAUCAAGAGUGAGAUCUAUGCUUUUGGAGUGGUACUGUUGGAAAUACUAACAGGUUUGAAGGUGUAUGAUGCUAAGAGAAGACCUCCACAAAAGAGAAACCUAGCACAAUGGGCUAUUCCAUUGCUACAAGAUGAGGUUAAUUUGAGAAUUAUUAUCGACCCACAACUUCAAAAUAACGAUUUUCCUCCAAUGGAAGCAUUCAAGUUGGCUAAACUUGUUUUAAACUGUCUUCAACAAAAACACGACAAACGCCCAUCAAUGGAAUAUAUCUUGGAGGUCUUGCAUAGUUGUUAUCAAAAGAAACCAAAACAGUUUGACUAUUAAUGGUCAAACAGAAUAGUUCUUAUGUUCAUAGACCUGUGAAUAUAACGUAUCAGAUGAAUAAAUAAGUAGGAAAGAUAAUAAUAAAAGAAUUCGUGGUCCACUUUUAGAGUGUAUAAAUAAAGUUAAUAUCUUUUUGAGAUUUUUGGGAUACUUAUUCGGUACUCCUGUCCAAAGUCAACAAGAAUAAUGUAAAUGGCUAGUAGAUCAUGUGGGACUAUAUUUAGUAAAGCAUAUUGUAUUUCCA